CAUCCUUUCGUUUCGCCAUUUCACCCCCCUUCCCUUCCCGUAGAGAGGAAAAAAACCCACCGUCGACCCGCCCGGCCGCCCGAGAGUUCUGAAUCGAAACCGUCGGCCGCGACCGCGAGAGCAGCGCGGGGCGCCCACCGUGAUGGCUCGAACCAAGCACCAGGCCGUGAGGAAGCUGCCGCAGAAGCCCAAGAAGAAGCUCCAGUUCGAGCGCGCAGGUGGGGCGAGUACGUCGGCGACCCCGGAGAGGAGGAAUGCUGGGACCGGGGGAGGAGCCGCGGCUCGCGUUGCACGGGGGCGUGUGGAGAAGAAGCAUCGCUGGCGGGCAGGGACUGUAGCGCUGCGGGAGAUCAGGAAGUACCAGAAGUCCACUGAGCCGCUCAUCCCCUUUGCGCCCUUCGUACGUGUGGUCAAAGAGUUAACUGCAUUCAUAACAGACUGGAGGAUAGGGCGCUACACCCCUGAAGCCCUCCUUGCGCUGCAAGAGGCAGCAGAAUUCCACUUGAUAGAACUGUUUGAAGUGGCGAAUCUGUGUGCCAUCCAUGCCAAGCGCGUAACAGUCAUGCAAAAGGACAUACAACUUGCAAGGCGUAUCGGAGGAAGGCGUUGGUCGUGAUAUCCAUUCUGAUUCUGAUUACCUUGUUCGGGUGGAAUUUGUUUAGAGGAGUUAGACAUUAGUCUUGUUGAAUGCUGUGCAUGGUUCCUAAUCUGUUUCACAGUUAGUGGGCUCUUCUGGGAUGAUCUGUUAACACCUGUGGAGUAUGUUAUGUAGGAAACACCUGAACUGAACAACCCAAAGUUGUUUUGGUUGCUCUUCAACCAUUUGUUUGCUUCAGA